CUCGGCAGAGAGGAGCAGCAGAGAGAAAAAAAACCAAAACACUCCUGGAACAAGAGACCGAAGGGAGAAGCAGUAGUAGCAGCAGCAGCGGUGAGAGAUGGUCUUCUCAGCCACUACUCCUCAUUUCUUCUGCUCUCGUCCAUGGCCUUUCACUCUCUCACCUCUUCAGACCAACCAUUCUUCUUUGUUACAUCUGAACCAAUCCCCUCUCUCCACAUCAUUUCCGAUUUCAAACUCAAUCUACAGAAACAGCUGCAAUUCCCACCAUAAUUGUAGCUUUGCACUCACUCGGUGUCGAGCCGCUAAGCAGCAGAGGGGCUCCUCCGUAAAGAAGCGACCGCAGGCGAAGAAGAGAGGUAGGCCUCCGAAGACUGUUAUCGUUGACGACAUCGACUUCGACGAUGAGGUUGAUGUUGGUGAUAACGAUUCCACGGGCUCUACUAGCCGGUCCCAAUCCUACCAACCCUCGCCGCUACCAAAACCGCCUGCUGGGUUCGUGCUGGAUCCUCAUGGGAAGGUUCUCAUGGCUUCUUCCAAGAGAAUUGCCACUAUUGUGGACUCUACAAAUAAUUUUCCAUUAGAGUGCAUUAUAAGAAGGGUAUUUAAAAGUUCCCAGGGGGAUGACUGCAUGCUGUUGUGCCCAGUUGACACGCCUGUCCAAAUCUUGAAGAGCACGAAUGUUGAUGGCUGGUCAGCUGUCAGUGAUGAAGAAGUUGAAUCCAUUCUUCCUACUAUUGCUUAUUCCCUUGCCAAGAUACAUAUGCAUCUGGUAAUUAGCGGAUUUUGUUAUACUGCAAGAGGAGGAUUUUGCUAUUCAGAAGAAAAUAUAUUUGAAUUUGGGACAGAUGAUGGUCAAGACAUAGAUGGCCUACCAAGUGAAGGCAUAGAAAUUACUUGCUUCCAUCAGGAUGGUACACAUUAUAUGAUUUAUACACCAUCUGACCCACUUCUAUUUGUUGCUGUAAAGGAUCAAAAUGGUCUAUUGCAAAUUGCUGACGAUGACCUCUUGGAGGACCCUGCUGUCAUAGGUGCAAUAGAUGAGGAGACAGAAUUUAAUGCCUUGGUGGAGGAAGAGGCUGCUCUCCUUGAGUCGUUGUUAGGAGAAAGAUAACAAUCAGUACUGGUCUGUACUUCAAAGAAUUCAAAGCUUUUUGAAUAAAGAAGCUCUGUGUAACUGCCAAAUAACUCUGUUUUGUUUUUCUGUCCUGUAUAUAUGAUAAUUUUUUUUUGUAAGUUCAACUUUUUCAUGCGUGAAUACGUUCAGCCAUUUCAAGAAAAUUUCCUCCUUGCCUUACUGCUUUACAGCGUGAGUUCAUUAUGGCUUUUUUUGAUUGAUUAUUGUAUGGAGUCAUGAUCAUCUUGAACGGUUCCCUGACUAAUUACAUAACGAUUUUCCUCUC